AUGCACUGCAAAGGACGUACGCCAUCCUGGCACUAUGGCGCACAUCAUACCCACCAUUCUUCUGUCCACAGCCAAGUUCUGAUGUAUCUCUGUAUGCGCGUGCGUGUGUGUGCAGUCAUCCACCGUGACCUGAAACCGCAGAACAUCCUCAUGACCAACAACUGGAUCGUCAAAAUCGCCGAUUUCGGUCAGUCACCGCACACAAGAGAUCCAUCCAUCCAUCCAUUCCGCCUCUUUGCUCUCUCUGUGUUCGUUCCCCAGGUUUGGCCCGCACGGUGAAGAUUCCGAAUAAGUUGAUGUCGCACAAGGUGGCCACUCAGUGGUGAGCACACAACCCAAUACCCUCACACCCUCACACACAUACAGACAUACAGAGCAUCGCACAGUGCAUUCAGCAGUGUCUCUCUCUCUGUGUGUUGGUGUGUGUGCAGGUAUCGCCCGCCCGAGUUGUUCAUGGGACCGGCCAACUUCAAGUACACCUAUGCCCUGGACAUCUGGUCAGCCGACAAACGGCACAACACUCAGAGAGGGGAGAGGGGGAGAGGGAGAGGGAGGAGACCUGUGCACUGUGGUGUGUGUAUGUGUGUGGGUCACGUGCCGUCGUCAGGUCCACUGGGUGCAUCUUCAUAGAGUUGACGAGCGGCAUGCCGGCCUUCAACGGCCACACUGAGGUGCGCUGCACAACCAAACACCACACACACACACACACACCUGUCUGCCUGUGUGCCCAUCUGUCCGUGUCUACGUGUGUGUGUCUGUCUGUGUCUGUGUCUGUGUUGCCACAUGUCUGUCAGUUUGAGACGUUGAUGAAGAUUCUCAACACGCUGGGCACCCCCACCAAUGCCAUCUGGCCGGGCAGCGAAGCGUUCACCUACGCCGACCAGUUCAAUGUGCGCCCCCCCCACACAAGACAAUACAACACAACUCAUUCAUCUAUCUAUCUCUCUGUGUGUCUGUGUGUGUGCAGAGUUUCCCCAAGUCUGUGCGCGACCCGCGCGACGGCAUCACUGCGCUGCUGCGCCGCAGCGACGACUCCAUCUCCGAGGCCGCCGGGUACCAUCCCUAUGGCCGCACCGAUGUGGAUCGCAACUCACUGCUGGUGGAUCUGAUCACUCGGUGGGCCGGGGAGCGGUGAGGUGGUGUGAGGAUCAUGUGUGUGAUGUGGAUGCGGUUGUCUGUGGAUGUUCAGUAUGUUGCCGUAUCAGCCGGACCGUCGCAUCACGGCUGUGCAGGCGUUGUACCACCCCUUCUUCGACAUCGUUGACAAGACAAAGUAAGUGGGCCAAGGAGAACACACACACACACACACACAUACACACAGACACACACACACACACACACAGAGAGAGAGAGAGAGAGAGCUGGAUGGACACGUCUCUUCUUUGCUUCUUGUCGUUUGUGUGUGCAGGUACCACAACUUCCUGGGCGAGUUGCAGGCCAACUAUCCUGAGGGUACGUAUACGUAUGGUAGAGAGAGGAGACACAAACCCCCUCCCUCCUGCCCCCCUUGCCCACACACAAAGAUACAGAGAGACACAGAGAGAGAGAGAGAGAUACCCACCACCCACCCAUCACCUCUUCCCCUCUCUCUCUGUCUCCAUCCAUCCAUCCCAUGUAGGGUUUCCCGUGAUGCCGCCGAACCCGCCCUUCCCCGAGGUCAACUACGGCAUCCCCGACGACCACAUGGACAUCGACGAUGACAAGAUGGACAUCGACGACGGACCGGCACCGGCCGCCGCCGCCGCCGCCGCCGCUGCUGCUAGCGGUGGUGGCAGUGGCAGUGGCUCCAAGCGCCGCCGUGUCCGCCGUGGCCCCACACAGGGCAACAACCAGGCUGCCGUGGGCGGGGGGGAGGGGGUGCGGAUGUCGCCCCGUCUGCAGGAGAAGCGGGAGAACGGCCAGGAACCUAUCAAUUACGCCCAGCUGUCCAAGGGCAAGGGCAAGAAGCGCGACCGCGACGGCCACGCCAAAUAGACCAGCAACACACACCACGCACACACAUACACAGAUGGACGUGCUGAAGGGGGAGUGUGUGUGUGAGAAUGCUGUGGCCGCCUGGCUGUAUGGUGACUCACUGGUGAGUAUGAGUGUUUGUUGUGGUGCUGUGGUCGUCCGCCUGUCCGUUCGUAUUGUAUUGUGUUAUAUUGUGUUGUGUUGUAUUGUAUUGUAUUGUCUCUCUCAGUGAUUUUGCUUUUUGGGAGAGAGAGAGAGAGAGAGAGAGAGAAAGAGAGAGAGAAAGAGAGAGAGAGAGAGAGAGAGGUCUGAUACACACAGGUCAGCCACACGCACGCAGCUCUGCAUCUGUUUUGAUACCAUCACACACACCCACACAUAACGAAACGCACCCAGGUAUUGCGUGGAUGGGUGGCUAUCAAUCUGGUUUUGUUUUUUGGCAGACGGUGAGCCGAACCGACAAACACACACACACCCGCACACUACACCACACCACACCACCUCUGCCAGCGCCAGUUAGUUGCCCAAUGCCGCGGUCUCUGACCUUUGGCCGCUCUUUGACUGAGCUUUAGGAUAGACAGGAGCAGUGAUGGGAUAGCUAGUGGGUGCUGGGAGGGGGAGGGGUGGUGUGUGUGGCCUGCCUGGGAUGUGUGUGAGUGGACGGACAGACUAACCGACAAGACAAACAGACAGACAGCGCACCCCACACACACAGAGAAACACAGAGACCCUCCGUGCCGUCCCCUUUUUUGCGCGUUUCCGUGCUGUGGCCGGCCCUGGUGCCUGCCUGUAUGCAUGCGAGUGUUUGGGCGUGUCUGGUAGUUUCCAUGGCUGGCUGGCUCAGUGCUUUGAUGGAUCGAUUCGAUGCAUGGGUUGAUUGCAUUGGCGCACGUGUGUUUGGCUGCUGGCGGGCGUGGACGAUCGAUGCGACACUUAGCGAGGC